AAUAAUUCAAAUAGCAAAACAAACCCCAUUUACCAGAUUAACCCUUCUCAAAACCAGCCUGUAUAGAGAGAGAGAGAGAGAGAGAGAGAGAGGGAGAGUUUUCCGAUGUCCAGUGUCGGUAGAAGUCAGUCUGUGAAGGUUGUGAUCAUCAACACCAAGUACGUGGAGACGGAUGCUAUGAGCUUCAAAGAUGUCGUGCAAAGGCUAACUGGGAAGGACUCGAGGGUGGCAUACGAAGUGCAGGAGCCAGUUACAAAGAGCCCGAAGUACUUUUUGAAAGAGGAAAUCAAUGGGAGGACUAGUAAUAAUGUUAUGGAAUCAUCAAAUACUUCUACUACUAGUACUAUGUCUCGGGAUAACUCUUCAGUUUUGAUGAGAAAUAUCUCGUUCAAGGAGUUCGAAAGAAUGUUCAGAGAGAUGCCUCCAGUAGAGGAGUUUUGGGCUGAGUAAUAUAUUCUUUAGAAAAAUUACUCUAUAUAUAUAGUUGUAUGUGCUAGCUUAUAAUUGCAUAACGUUAAUUUGGUUACCCAGUUAUUCCAUAUAAAUCAUUUCUUCAUUCUAUACAUUUGAUUAUUA